UUUUUUCAAUGGGAAGCCAUGAUGGAAGUUUGAGACUGUAACAGAGGAGAAGCGACGGAAAAAGAUCCGACUGGAUACCGCUCCUAUGUGAUAUUUAAAUAUCGAGUUUUUAAUUUCUUGGUGGAGGCUGUCAUCUUUAAUUUCAUGUGUUGGAAUUUGGACAUCGCGGAUUGUUGCAAUGUUCGAUGGCUUUUAUUUUUUUAAGGAUGGGUAGACGAGCUAGCGCGCUAGCCGUUGAAGCUAGCGGCUAGACGGAACGCGAGCUGAGCGCCAGCGAGCGGGGCUUUGACAACCGUUCUUGAGGUGGAAGUGCACGGAGAGGACCCUCUCUCCGCUUUUCCGUUCAACCACGGCGGCUACGGUGCGACCAGAGACUUGUCGUGCUCUAGAAAUUCUGCAGUUCGAGACGUGGGACCUUGCUUAUCUUUUAAACCGGGGCUCGUCUGAGCUGAGGAGGGCAUUUUGGAAGCCGGGCCUGUGGUGGUUUGGAGCGAGGCCCUUGAUGAGAGAGCCACAGCAGACUCCAUUCUAGCUAGCAGGGGGACUGCGAAACGAAUAGGGUAUUAAUCGACCGAAAGCAACAAUACUCUCUCACACACUAAACACCUUAAAAACUCCUGUCACAGCCAUGGCUGCGAUCAUAAAAGAAAUUGUCAGUCGAAACAAAAAUAGAUACCAGGAAGAUGGAUUCGACUUGGACUUGACCUAUAUUUAUCCGAACAUCAUAGCUAUGGGCUUUCCAGCUGAAAGACUUGAAGGUGUCUACAGAAACAACAUAGAUGAUGUAGUGCGAUUCUUGGAUUUGAAGCAUAAAAAUCAUUACAAGAUAUAUAAUCUAUGUGCGGAAAGACAUUAUGAUACUGCCAAAUUUAACUGCAGAGUUGCACAGUAUCCAUUUGAGGAUCACAAUCCUCCUCAGUUAGAACUUAUUAAACCUUUCUGUGAAGAUUUGGAUAAGUGGCUCAGUGAAAAUGACAAUCAUGUGGCUGCCAUUCACUGCAAAGCUGGAAAGGGACGUACGGGUGUCAUGAUAUGUGCAUACUUGUUACACCGAGGCAAAUUCAAAAAAGCACAAGAGGCUCUGGACUUCUAUGGUGAAGUUAGAACCAGAGACAAGAAGGGAGUAACUAUUCCCAGCCAGAGGCGAUAUGUGUACUACUAUAGCUACCUUCUGAAGAAUAAGCUGGAGUACAAACCUGUGGCCUUGCUCUUUCACAAGAUGGUGUUUGAGACCGUGCCUAUGUUCAGUGGAGGGACUUGCAGGGAUUCUGCUGUAAAAAGCAAGAGUGAGCAGAUUCCACAUGGGUUCAGAAAAACCAAUUGGCAUUGGGAUCCUCAGUUUGUUGUGUACCAACUGAAAGUGAAAAUCCACACAUCUAAUCCAGUGCACACAAGGCGAGAGGAGAAGUACAUGUACUUUGAUUUUCCUCAGCCACUGCCUGUGUGCGGAGACAUCAAGGUGGAGUUCUUCCACAAGCAAAACAAGAUGCUGAAAAAGGAUAAGAUGUUUCACUUCUGGGUGAACACCUUCUUCGUCCCUGGACCAGAUGAGAGCUCAGAGAAGGUUGAAAAUGGAGGUUUAGUGAAGGAACUGGAUGGAAACCAAACCACAGAACGGGGAGAGAAUGAUAAGGAUUAUCUAAUCCUGACUUUAGCCAAGAACAACUUGGAUAAAGCCAAUAAGGAUAAAGCCAACAGAUACUUCUCUCCAAACUUCAAGGUAAAUCUGUACUUCACAAAAACAGUGGAGGAACCAUCCAACUCGGAAGCCAGCACUUCUACGUCUGUAACCCCGGAUGUUAGCGAUAAUGAACCGGACCUUUACCGGUAUUCGGACACAACAGACUCGGACCCUGAAAAUGAUCAGUAUGAUGAAGAACAGAUUACUAAAGUUUGAAAUAUUUUUAUGGGAAGAAAAAAGAAACCAUAUGUAAUAGAGUUGUAUAAAGGAGAAAACUUGAAUAUGAACUGAAAGCAAGUACUUUUUUUUUUUUUUUCAAGCUGAAUUAGGACACACGUCACACAUAUGCACCAGAUGUAGGGACAAAAAUGCUGACCAAAUUUUUCUUUUGUUCAUUCACCCCGCUCCAUGAAGUAUCAACACUGAUGUUUUGUGGAAAACCGCGUCAGUAGCUAUUAUGUAAAUACAUGUUCAUGCCGUAACACAAGAAAGGAAACCCACUCAGGAUGGGGGAUCGUUUAUGGGAGAAAUUCAGUGGAGAUCAUAAUUCGCUGCUUCAUCAACCCGUUGAACCCUAGGCCAGUGCUUUAAUCAGCAUUCAUGUCUCCAUGUCAGUCCUUCUCUAGUCUGUCCUACCUACUGUGAAACCCUUCUCAUGCUGCUGGAAGGCCGCCAUGUGUCAGUCUGGCUCUGUUGUGCAGUGGAAACUAGCCCUUAGUCUGCUUUCAUCAGUACCACUACUAGAACGGAGGUGGUAAUGAUUCUACUAAACUACAUGACACCUUGGCAGAAAACACAAUAUUUAGCUCCACCAUGUAUUAUUAUAAUUUUUUUUUAAUGCAAAUAUACACACAACACAACAGGGAAACCAGUGUUGCAAUAAUGUUGAUCGAAGGUGUGCAUGUUAUUGGAAUCAGUUUCCAUGUUGUUAAAUAAAUAGUAUACAAUGUUUUUCUAAAAAAAAAAAAAGGGUUUCUAAAGUCAUUUACAAUUUGAUUGUAUUUGGGAAGGAGAUAUUGCCAUCACUCUUUCUUCUGCAGAUGGGUUUUUAAUCUAUAAAAAGUAAUUCAGCAACUCUUCAUUUAUAUAAUUCAUAUGUUUCCCUUUCAAAAUUGGCACUUGUUCAAAUCAGCUCUCACAGGAUGAUUUUGUUGUCUGUUUCACUUCUUGAAGGCUCAAGGUAGCGUCAGUGGUCAAAUUCUUCUUCAGUAUGUUUUUGGGAUACGGAUCAAUCUUGCUGGAAGGCUCUGUGGUUCACUACAGCGAUCUCUGGACAGAUCGGGUUUGAUGGUGUACAGCAUCUCGUGUAAUGCAUGUCAACAUGGAGAAGCCCUUUUCUGAAUGUAUCAACCUUGGAUGCAAGUUUUGAUUACAUUUCAACAGCAUUUACAUAGUUUGUCUUUCUUCCUGGCUGUGUCAGACAUCAGAUCUUUGGCUCCCUAUAACAUAUUUGUAGCCUUAUCGUGCAUGAUCUAAUGAAAUCUGGAUCAUUUAUCCAGCAAUGGUGCUUGCUAAACGUAAACUCAAUGUAUAGUGCAGUCAUUUCGGAGUAAAGAACCUCAUGGUGCAAGCAUUCAAACGCACUUCGGUGCGUGUCGUAACUGUUAGUCGCACUUUGAUGUGCAUAAUUAGUUUCCAACAAUUUGAUGUCCCUCACUAGCUAGAGAUCCUUUUUUUUUUUUUUUUCUUCUUAUUCUUGAACAGGUCUUGUUCCAUUUGGAAUGAGCAUAGUGCAGCUACGGAUUUUACACAGUCUUGUGCUUGCUUCAGAAAUAUUAAAGCCCUAUAUAUCAGAAUAUUUAAAUGUAUAAUUUUCUUUUAAGCAUGCCAAAUUUUUUUUUUUUAAACAUCUGGCUGUGGCCAGACCAAAAACAGAGAGGAAAAAAAAAAAACCUUUCUCAGUCUCUUGGGCAAGAAUCUUCACUAAGGGUAGUGAGUAAGCUGCCUUUCUCGUACUGUUAACGUUCAGGCUUCACUCUUCUCACCAGCCCACUACACACACCGUACAUCUCGCCUUCCUUUAGAGAAAGAAAACGUUUCCCUGACAUGAAGAGGAGACUGGGCCUUCCUUUAUGAGAUUGUACACUAACCAAUCCAGGAAUAAAAGCAAGCCUAUCAAGGAUUCGCAUUUUGUUUACAUUUUAUCACAUCACUGAAAACCUGCCAAAAUUAAGCUUCAUUUUUUUUUUAUAUUGUUUUCUUUGUGUUCCGAGGAGGAGGCGGGGCCCACGGGAGGUAUUCUUUGCCUUACUUGAAGUUGACAAUGCUUACUCUUCUACUGCUUUGAUACCUACCAUUCUGCCCAAGCACUGACUUAUUUAAAGCUACUAUAAUAGAGCAACAUAUUGUACUAGACAUUUGCACUGUUACAGGUCUUUGCAGGGUUUCAGUCAGCGGUCCAGUGUUUUUUUUUUUUGGAAAUGCUUCACAGCAAUCAAUAUUAGUAGAAAAGAGUUGAAAUGAAAAGACAGUAAUAUUGUCUCUGCAUCCCGAUAGAAUCAAAUUUUUCUAUUUACGAAAGUGUUCAUUCACAUUCUGGCAAAGACCCUCUGCAGGUAUUCCCCAGUCUAAACAUACGCUGAGAUGUUUUGGAUGUUUAGUGGUUUGUGUCACAUGAUGAACUUCAAUUGAAAGAACUCAAAUCAAAUAUUCUGUCAUUUACUCACCCUUGUGUCUUUCUGAACCUGUAUGAUCAGAAAAGAAGAUAUUUUGAAGAAUGUUUCAACUGAUUUUGUCCUCACAAUGAAAGUCAGUUGAGUUCCUCUAUUCACUAUUAAAUGGACAACAGAAAUAGAAGUUUGACGUACAGGUUUGGAAUGAUGCUAUAAAAAUCAUUGAAGAAUAUUUGACAAAAUACUAUUUCAGUCUUAAUUUCACAUCUAAUUCAUUGUGUUACAUGCUGUUUCUUAGUAGUUAUUUGUGAAAUUGCUUAAGAGAUUUUUAGCACAGAAGGGGUGAGUAAAUGACGAACUAUCCUUUUAAUCCUCAGAUUGUCUCUUCGACAUGAGAUGCAUCACUAGACAUUUUGAUAAUUUAGCCACAGUACCUUGCGCAGACCUUCAGACAUCUUGUACGUGGCACGGGUGUGUGGAGCUCACAGGCAGCAUGAAAAAUGUAUUUUCAGCUUUCAUGAAAAACAAAACGUCAUCGAAGGUGCCAGUGGAUAUGUUUCACAUCACACUUUCUUAGCUGAUUUGUGCAAUAUGUUAUGAUGCCUGUGAUUGCCACAAAGUGCCUCUCGUUAAUAGUUGAAAGUUGCUUUAAAGACUGUUAGGACAUCACGUCAUGUGAGCGGAUAGAUGGGGUGGUACUGUGCACUAAAUUGUCCAGCUAGACCUGCAGCAGGGGGCCCUUUGGACUUCAGCCGUGCUCCAUUAGAAAUCAUUCUUCUCCCCAGAGGGUUUUUUACGUUCACGUAAACACGGUUUAUUUUCAAGUCUCUUAAGAAAACAGCCUUACUCCGUUUCAGCCUGUUCAGAUACUAUUGUGCUGUGCAACAGUUGCUCUGUGUGUAAUGCCUAUGCACUGAGAAUACACAAACCAACCAUGUAUGAAAUAUUGUACAGGUAAUCAUGUUGCUCCUACAAAUCACGUUUGUUUGUAAUUGUAUGUGUAAACUGCCCUUUAUCUUAGUGUUAUAAACUCCACAUAAAUCCAAUAAAGUCUCAAUCUUG